AUGACCUCCAGCAACACAUGGAGCUCAGCCAUAUGUCUAGAUUCCAUAUACCAUGUCCAGCACAAGGCCUUUGCACGACAGACACAGCUUGUGGAGCAUUUCAACAGUGCCCAUACAGAUCUUCUGGGUGAAGGCUGGCCACCCCCGUUGGGAAAACUGAAGCUUGUCCGAACACCAUGUAUUCGCACAGCAUAUACCAAUGAUCUUCCUGCCAUUCCGUCCUCAAGCACUCCCUCGUAUGACAUGGUUGCACCACACAUCACCCGCGCCCUUAAAAGGCCCCUAGAACUUAGUCAGUUGCAGCUCUCUUCUUCACAGCGCACGCGGAAGUGGGCGAAAAUGGCUGUACAGGAGCCAGUGGAAGAGGAGGAGGAUGAUGACAUGGAAGUAUUGGAAGACCUACCCUCAGAGCUUGCCCUCCCUAGCGGCCGGGAGUUCUUCUCUGACUUCAUCUUCCGCAGGAAGCCACCAGAGCCCGCGGCACAGCUCGCACGCCCGCAAUACAUUGUGUUCCUCCCUAUCCGCGAGGAGCCGCCGGUCAGCAUGGGUUACGGCGCCUUCAAAGCGAGGUUCGCAGAACUGGAGAGGGCGGGACUCAUCGACGGUACUGGCGAAUGGCCGGACGAGUCGAGCAGAUCUGAACCUCCAGAGGGCUUCAAGCGUCCCUUCGAAAAAUCGUAG